AUGGAGUCUUGGUGUAGUUGUAAAGCCAGUGCGGCUCAUGGCAGUGUUGUCGAGCAGUUGGAUUCUGCAAGUGAGCGUGAAAUCAAAGAGAGACGCGAAUACUUCAGCCGGGUUGUGGCUGUUACCAAGUUUUUGGGUAAACAAAAUAUCCCAUUCCGUGGCCAUGAUGAGGGCAUGUCCAGCGACAACCAGGGAAACUUUCUGGAGUGUAUGAACCUCUUGAAAGAGUUUGAUCCUUUUCUUCAGGCAUAUUCACCACCAUCUCACAGUACAUACUUAUCACCUUCAUCCCAAAAUGAGGUCAUUCAAUGCUGUGCCCAAGAGAUAGUAAAAGCUAUCAGUCAAGAAAUAAAGGAGGCUGGAAUGUUUUCAGUAAUGGCAGAUGAAGCGAGAGAUGGCACCACUGAGCAGCUAGCUGUGUGUGUUCGUUAUGUUGCUGGGGGGAGUGUGAAAGAGCAUUUGCUAGCCAUGACAGAUUUGAAAGGGUUUGAUGCAGUGUCCAUUACCACUGCAAUUGAAGAUCAGCUAAGAUUGAAUGGCAUAGAUCAUGUGAAGGUGGUUGCACAGGCUUAUGAUGGCGCCUCAGUCAUGAGUGGGACUGUUGGAGGGGUCCAAGCUAAGUUCAGAGAGAACCAUCCCAUGGCCAUUUAUGUGCAUUGCUAUGCACAUCAAUUGAAUUUAGUGCUGUGUUGCACAUGUCAAGCCAUACCAGAGGCCAGGAAUUUAUUUGACCUCCUGCAGAAUGUGUAUACAUUCUUUUCAGGCUCCCUUGUUAACCACGACAAGUUUAAGGAGACCCAGAAACAGCUUGGCUUACAGCCUUCUGAGCUGGUACAGCUGUCCAAGACCCGAUGGUCGUGCCAGCUGAGGUCAAUCAACGCUAUGAUAGAGAAUUUCCCCGCAGUUCUCACGUGCCUGUCCAACAUCAGCAACCCCACGGCUGUGGGUUUGCAUGCCAACCUUGCCAGGUUCACCACAAUUUAUCUGUUGAUGGUCUUCAAGACUUUUUUGUCUGUGACAGAAAGUCUUCACAAAUACCUGCAAAGUGAAACUGUGGACCUGGCAAAAGCAGAGGAGUUUAAAUGCGCUGUGCGUGCCACUCUAAAAGAAAUGCGCACUGACCCCAAAGCGACGGAGGUAUAUGACCGUGCAAAGGCCUUGUGCGAAACGCACCAAAUCCCUGAGUCAUGUGUUCCAAGACAAAGGCAAAAGCAAAGACGCCUGGAGGAGUACAUAGUCGAGUCUAGUUGUGGGGCAGCGAGUGACCUAGGCAAUGCUGAAAAAUUGAGAACAAAUGUCUACCUACCUUGCCUAGACAGGAUGAUUGCGGAGCUGGAGCAACGCUUUUCAUCUCUGAACAGCGUUGUUCUGAAGGGUGUUCAGGCCUGUAACCCAGGCUCGAGCACCUUUCUCAAAGAGGAGGACCUCAGAGGUCUCGCAGAUCACUACAAUGUUGAUCUUAAACAAGAGGAGGUGUGGGUAGCGAAACAUUACCUGGACAGAAAGCAGGAGAGCCUGCCAAUUACUGACAUGCAAUGUCUUUUCGGUUUACUCGAUAAUGUCAUGUUCCCUACACUGACACAGGUCAUUAAAAUAUGUCUGACCAUUCCUGUGUCCAGCUGCAGUUGUGAAAGGACAUUCAGCGUACUGAGACGCCUUCACACUUGGUUGAGGAGCACAAUGGGGCAAGAUAGGCUUCAUCAUCUUGCCAUCAUGUCGGUUGAGCGAGGAGAACUCUCCAAAUUAAGCAAUUGA